AUGAACUACUGGAUUGGAAUGUACCGCUUACAUUGCAACAAGAGUGAUCAACACAACUAUUGGCUUGACGGAUCUGAUUUCAAUUUUUUCAGUUGGGAUUUUUCUAUUGGUGAGCCGAACGAAGAUGCCUGCUGUACAAGAAUAAUUGAAAAUGGCAUGUGGCGAGAUAAACCAUGCAACACAUCCAACUAUUAUUAUAUAUGCAAGAAGCCCGUGACCAUGCAGUUUUUCUUACAAAAAAGAGCUCUGAAACGCCUGGAAAACAGUUACACACUCGGCGAGAGCUUGCAGGUAGUGCAGAACAGAUGUUCGAAAUUGUACUGCAUGUCGUUGUGUGCAAAGAAGUGGAUUUGUGCUGGCUUCAACAUGCGACCAUCAGUCGGCGGUGGAUGUCAGUGUGAACUGAAAGAUGCAAGAAGCUGGUUGACCUUCCCACAUGUCAUGGAAGUUGGAGCUUCCUACUGGAGCUAUCCUAUUUAUGGUUACGAUAAGAUUUAG